AAAUAUAAGCUGAUAGGCAUUAUUUAAUAAAUUGUGUAUUAAAGAUUACUGAUAUAAUCUGACAAAUGUUUCAAUAAUUAUGCAAACAAAGAAAAAACAGAAUAUAACUGUUUUUGUGUGGUAAUUAAUUUUUAAGUAGUUUUUCACUAUAAUUCAAUAUAUCUACACACACAUUAAACAUUUACUGAUUACUGUCAGUAAAUUCCCUAAUUUACUUUAAUGUAUAUUCGCCAUGUUGGGUAUAAUUUAGGAGUUAACCAGAUUAGAAUAAAAGAAAACGGUUUUUUGUUUGUUAGUUGGUGCAAAAUUGGAUUUUAAACAUGAAUUUAUUUAGUGAUGUUUUAAAAAACGAAAAUGGUGGUGUGUUUUUCCAGUAUUUCGCUAGUCUUAGUGCUUUGUUGGCCAUUGUAUCCAGCGGUCUUCACUACGGAUGGCCUUCCCCCGCCUUGACGAAACUGCUUGAUCCCAACUCUGAAAUACCUAUAACAGACGAUGAAGGUUUCUGGCUAGCAACGAUGCCUUUAUUCGGUGCUUUUUUAGGCUCUUUGACAGCACCUGUACUAGUAGACAAUAUAGGAAGGAGGAAAACGAUAUUAAUGACUUCGUUUCCUUAUUUGGUAUCGUGGAUACUGAUUUUUUUCGCUAAAAGUGUUCCGAUUUUGUAUAUUGGGCGAUUUACAGGUGGUAUUUCAGAUGGGUGGGGAUUUUCGUCUGUGCCUAUAUAUAUAGGAGAAAUAUCCCAGGCUAAAAUUAGAGGAUUGCUUGCAUCUGGAGCAUCUGUGACGUUUAUAUUUGGGGUUCUGCUAAUUAACAUCAUCGGAUCGUAUCUGUCAGUGAAAAUGACAGCUCUAGUGGCUUGUGUGUUGCCAAUUGCUUUGCUACUCACUUUUUUUUGGAUGCCGGAAUCGCCGUAUUUUCUCAUCAUGAAAAAUCGUCACGAAGAUGCCAAAAAAAGCCUUCAAACCUUCAUUGGUCCAAAACUAGCCUCCACGGAACUGACCAGAAUAGACGAAGCCGUUAAAGAAGAUCUAUCCCAUCAAACGAAGAGUAAUCCACUACACUUGUUCACUGUAAGACGAAACUACAGGGCAGUACUGGUUAUGAUGCUGGUCAGAGGGGCUCAGCAGUUUAGCGGAGCUUCAGCUAUCGUGUUCUAUGCUCAAAAUAUUUUCGACGAAGCUGGUAGUAAUAUAUCAGCUCACCUAGCUGCUAUUAUGUAUUUUUCUAUACAGGUUGUAUGCACUGUCAUAGGAGCUCCAUUGGUUGAUAAAUUAGGAAGGAGACCUUUACUGUUAGUGUCUGGAGUUGGAGCGUCUUUAGCUUUAUUGGUGGAAGGAAUAUAUUUCUAUAUAAAAUCAUCCACAAGUAUAGAUAUUAGUAAUUUCACUCUAGUACCAAUUGUAGCUCUUAUUCUUUAUAUAAUAAUUUUUAGUUUUGGCUUACAGAACGUUCCUAUAAUCAUUAUGAGCGAGAUUUUCAAUCAGGACAUUAAAGCUGUGGCCAUGUGCUUCUCCGAUAUGUAUUUCGCGGCUGCUGCUACGGCUACAACGAAAUUUUUUCAAAUUACUAGAGAUCGGUACGGUAUGUUUUUACCGUUUCUUUGUUUUUCGAUAUUUUGUGGAGUAUCUACAGUGUUUAUCUAUUAUUUUGUACCAGAGACUAACGGUAAAACUUUGGAAGAAAUUCAGGUCUAUUUCAAAGGUAAGGAUGCGAAGAAGAAGGAGAAUUGUACAGACAAUAAUGUGGCUGUUUAGGAUUUCAAGUUUUGAGGCAAGAAUUUAAAAAACUGGAAUUUAGAUUCUUGAUUGUUUCGGCCUUUACUUGAUGAAAAUUCAUAUUGUUAAAAUGAGAAAACCCAAACUUGGUAGAUUUUCGCAAACACAUUUGGUUAAAAAAUUAAAAUUAAAAAUUUCUCAUCGAAGUACAACAACUUCUUCUUCAAAUGUUAGAAAUGGUCGAAACAAUCGUUAUGAGUAAUUUUUAAUUUAAAUUUUUUAAAUAAACAUGUUUGUGAAAAUCUGCCAAGUGUAAUUUUUCUCAUUUUAGAAUCUAAGAUGUUUUUUUAACAUUGACAGUAUUAUUUCAUUGUUGGUACCCAGAUAGCACAAAUACGUCUUAUGGACGUUCUAAAAACGUCCUGCUUGGACAUUCAGGACAUCCUUAAAACGUCCAUUUCACGGCCGUAGACGUCUUAUGGACGUAUUUUGAACGCCCGUUGUUAAUAAUCAGGAUGUCUUAAGAACGUCCAUUUAAGGACAUUCCAUGGACUUUUUCAAAAGCUCAAAUGGGGAAUAAUAGGAUGUAAGGAAAUUAGUGAAAAUAAUGAAUAAUUUCAAAAAAAUUUAUUUGGAAGCAAAUAACCUAUAAAUAGUGAAAUUAUUAAAACUUUUUCGUCAAAUUCAUCCCGUCUCUCCUCUACUUUGCUCUUUUCAAUCAUGCCUGGAUUGAGAGCAGUUGUUUUUUUUUCUUUUUGAUUUGGCCAUAUUUGCCUUCCCAGUUGAACCUGAAAAUAAUAUAAUGGCUUAUUCAAAAUUCAGAUCAAUAUGAAAAUCCAAUCUGCUUGUUUAAGUUUGCCUUGCUAGACAUUAUGAAUUCACUAACCUUUUAGCUUUGUAGUAUUCACUGGAAAACUCCUCUACUUUGCUCUUUUCAACCAUGCCUGGAUUGACAGCAGUUUUUUUUUUUCUUGAUUUGGUCAUAUUUGCCUUCUCAGUUAAACCUGAAAAUAAUUUAAUCGUUUAUUUAAAAUAAAAGGCAGAUCAAUAUGAAAAUCCAAUCUGUUGGUUUAAGUUUGCCCUGCUAGACAUUAUAAAUUCACUAACCUUUUAGCUUUGAAAAACUUCCACCUUUCUCAGAUAUAAAAAUGGUACAAAUGGCGGAAUGAUAGAACUUGUACUCGUAUAAUAUGUAUAUACCAUCGAAUCAUGAACAUUGAACACUUUUUUUCAAUAAAACCUGAGCCCUGGGAAUAUUUCACUUCAGUGCUUGAAUCUGAAUCAUAUCUAAUGCCGCGUUUGAGAAUCCACAUCGGAUGCAUCUGAGAUGUUGUGAAUUUUUUAUCACGUGGUAGAGAAUUAGAUCUGAAUGUAGAUGUAAUAAACAAACGUUCUAGACUUUAUUUGGUCACGUAAUAAAAUGUCAAUAACAAGUUAGAGGUUUAUACUUAUUAAAUUUGACUUUUGAGACUACAAAUCAACCUAAAUUUAAAAUAUAAACAAAAAUUAAACAAACUAAUCACUUUUAUAUUCAUGCUAGCAUAAACAAAGGAUAAAUUGACAAACAAGGCUUCACAGAACACUUACUUUCUGGCAUGGAAUGAACAUCUCAUUUCAAAUCGAGAUGUAAAAAAUGUAAUCUGAACAGGUACAUCUGGGAUAAACAAACGCAGAUGUAGAUUUAGUAGAUGUGUCCGAUGUGGAUAACAAAACGCUCGAGAUGUAAAAAAUGCAUCCGAUGUGGAUUCUCAAACGCGGCAUUUAUAAAUAAAAAUAAAAAGUCACUUGUCAACAAUGUCACUUUCUUGCAAAAGAACUUCUUCGUUUUUGUCUAUUUGGCCUUCAUUCAAUUGGAUAUUGGGACAAUGCCAUCUUUAAUAAUUAUUUAUAUUAUCUCAUUAUAUAUGUUUUUUGUAUAAUAUAACCAAAUAAUAAUACAAUGCGAAUGUGAAUCCAUGGAAAUAUAGUAAAGCACGUACAAUUGACGUUUUGCGGAUAUCUAUUUCUUGACGUCCAGAGGAUUUACUAAACUGGACAUACUUAAAACGUCCAUAAUAGGUCCCGGACGUACAGACGUUAAAUGGACAUGUAUUGGACGUCCUUAGGACGUCCUGUGCUAUCUGGGUAGCAUUGUUUCAAUGUUGAAAAUUCCUUACUGAGCCUGUCCUGACACCGAAUGUGUGUAAAUAUCAGAUAAAGAAAUUGUUUAUCCAAGGGUAGGUAAUAGGUUUUUCGUUCGUCCCACUGGUGUAGGAAUGAACUACACCAACGGACACUAAACCUUUCGUUUGGCCCGGUGUAAAACCCACUAUACCUUCUUGUCGGCGUUGUGUUGUUCACUGAUGGAUGUUUUCUCCACCAGCUAUUUAGCAGGAGUGAAUUAUUACACUCGACAUGUAUAUAGGGUGUAACUAAAUAAGUGUAAAACAUUUAAGGGGGUGAUUCCUCAUCGAAAAAAAAUAGGAU